GCAUUCCCAUAGUGCUCCACGAUAGCUGCUAUGGAGGCCGGCAUGACAGCGGUCCUCCGCGUGAAGCGGAAACGCAGUGCGGAACCCGCUGAGGCACUUGUCCUUGCCUGUAAACGCCUCUGCUCCAGCCUAGUUGAGUCGGGAGCCCAAAAGACGCCUCCGGAGGAUCUGGAGAGAGCAGCAGAAAAUAAUGUCUUCCAGUUGGUGGCCACCGUGCGCUCCCAGGAGGAGCCAGUACAGCCGCUUGUGCGAGCCGCCCUGCGCCCGUCCCAGGGCAGCCAGCAGCGUAUCCGCCGUCAUCUCCGUGCGUCGGCUCGGGAGAUCCGGCAGAACGGCCGCUACAGGGUAGUCUCUAGCCGCCGAUCCUCGGGAAUUCCUUCGGGCGGCUUGGGGUCCGAGGACGCGCCGGGAAGCCCAGAAGCCGCCGAGGACGCAGGCUUCCAGCUGUUGGACCUGGUCCACGAGGAAGGAGACCCAGAGGCCGCCGCGAUCUCCUGCAAAACAUCUGACCCAGAUGUGAUCCUCUGCAAUUCUGUAGAGUUGAUCCGUGAGCGGUUGACUUUAUCUGAAGAUGGACCAAGAGUUGGGUACCAGGAGGAACAGAAGGACAACUAUGUGUAUGACAUUUACUAUUUGGACAUGGCCACUCCAGGAUGGAUUGAGAACAUCCUCUCUGUGCAGCCCUAUAGCCAAGAGUGGGAGUUGGUGAAUGAUGACCAACAACCAGAGGACAUUUAUGAAGAUGAAGAUGAUGAGAACAGUGAGAAUAAUUGGCGCAAUGAGUACCCAGAGGAGGAGAACAGUAACGGAGAUGAAGAUUCCAGAGUCUCUGAUGAUUACAACAGCCUCAGUGAAGAAGAAGGAGACAACAGAGGACCACAGAUGUGGAGCAAAUACCCUUUGGAUGUGCAGAAGGAAUUUGGCUAUGACAGCCCCCAUGACCUGGAUUCAGACUAAUGAUCCUGUGAUAUCCAUGAGGUUCUACCACAAGCCCCUGAAGUUUCUGUGACUGCAGUGUCAGCUACACUAGUUAACAUCCUCUCGGGUUUCCUAGCUUAACACGUGGAAGGAAAAAGCAUAUCCAACAGCACCAUUCCACCAUGGUGAAAACUUGCACUAAGGGAGUCCGUCUUUUCUACUAUCUGUAGGGCCCCCCUUUGUCUCAAUCAAAACUGACCUUAGAGUCUGGGGGCGGGGGAGAUGCUGUGAAAGUGAAGCUUCCUGGCCCAGACAUUUUACCUGCAUUCCCAUUCUCCUCCUACGCCAAAGCCAAUUAAGGGGAAGAGAGUCUCCCGUUUUGUCAGCACUAAGACUGGGCUUUCCCAGGCCACCUGCCUCCAGUAAAAGGCUGUUUCUUUUGAUAGAGUCUAGAAGGGCUGCAGUGGGUCCCUUGUAGUGGCACAGACUGGAUAGUAAUGGCCAUUAGGAAAGAAAGUAGAAAUCUGCCUGAGCCAUGAGAGGUUUUAGUUAAAAGCUAAGAGCUCCCUGCUUCCUGACUCUGAUAAUGGCUGUAAAGAUUGCUAGUUUCCUCUGGCAGUGGUGCCAAGGAACAGGGUAUGUAUGAAUCUCUUUAAUAAAAACUAACUUUGAACAAGA